CACGCCCACUUCCGGGAAAGAUGGCGAAAGUAACAUCGACGUAAAUGGCCAGUGAUUAAACCUCAGUGUUUGUUACUGCUCACAUUUAUGCAUUUCAUUCACCAAUUCACACCAUUUGUGUAUAAACCUACAAAUAAUAUAAAACGAAGUUAUACAACGCAUAUGGGGAAGCUAAUCUAGUUAAUAAUGUCCACCCAUUAUGAGCAAUCUUCUCGUUUUAGUAUCUCUGGUUGACCACUCACCUCCAUCGUCAACUGGGCAGCGCCCGUCAGAACACUUGCUACAGUCGUUGAAGAACUCGACUGGAUAAAUACAGUAGAUGCCUUGUCAUCGCUGAGCGUCGCCAUGGUUUCGACAUAAGGCUGCAUCGAGCGGCGCUGUCAUGCUGCCUGGAGUUGGCGUGUUUGGCACAGGGAGCACAGCCCGAGUGCUGGUCCCUUUGCUGAAAGCUGAGGGCUUUGAGGUCCAUGCACUCUGGGGGAGGAGCGAAGAAGAAGCGUGCAGCCUGGCAAAUGAGCUUGGUAUCCCGUUUCACACGAGUCGAUCUGAUGAUGUCCUGCUGCACCAAGACGUUGACCUUGUUUGCAUCUAUAUUCCGCCCUCAAUGACAAGGCAAAUUGCUGUCAAAGCACUGGGCAUAGGUAAGAAUGUUGUAUGUGAGAAAGCUGCUACUGCUGUGGAUUCUUUCCAGAUGGUGAACGCAGCCAGAUAUUACCCCCAGCUUCUCAGCAUCAUGGGUAAUACGCUGCGUUAUCUUCCUGCUUUUGUGACGAUGCAGCAGCUGCUGGUGGAAGGAUACGUGGGUGAAGUGCAGGUCUGCGAUGUGCGCGUCUAUGGCCCAAGCCUCUUGGACCAGUCGUACGGCUGGACUUGUGAGGACCUGAUGGGGGGAGGUGGCCUUCACACAGUUGGUUCCACCAUUAUUGACCUUUUAAGUUACCUGACUGGGGCACGGGCACAGCGCGUUCACGGUUUACUGCGGACCUUUGUACAACAAAAUGACACCAUCAGAGGCAUCCGACGAGUCACCAGCGACGAUUUUUGCUUCUUCCAAAUGUUGAUGGGGCCGACUUUGGGCGGCAUAUGCUGCACUGUGACCCUGAAUUUCAACAUGCCAGGCUCGUGUGUGCAUGAGGUGAUGGUAGUCGGAUCCAGCGGGAGACUGGUUGCCAGGGGGACAAAACUGUACGGUCAGCGCAACGGCAGCAUAAGUGAGGAGUUGUUGCUCGGUGAUGGAGGCUGGGCUGGGCCUGACGUGAAAGACAUACCUUUGCCUCACCUGCAAGGGCUGGGUGCCAUGGUUAAAGCACUGAGACAGUCCUUCCAGGCUCACCAGGAGCGUAGGUUAUGGGCGCGUGGGCCAGUUGCCAUGGCACCCACUUUUGAGGACGGCCUCUACGUGCAGACGGUGGUGGAGGCCGUGAAGCGGUCCAGCUGUAGCGGAGAAUGGGAGUGUGUGGAGGUCAUGAGUAAGGAGCCUGAUCCAAACCACAAUUUGUGUGAGGCUCUGCAGAGAAAUAAGAACUAGUCCUAUUGUAGGCCUGCAACUACUAAACAUAUCUGACAAAACCAGGUCUGAAUGUUUUCACUUCUACUGCAGUUUACAUCAGCCACGACUACUUUGUUUUCUUUUGCCACCUUUUGAGUAAAAUAUUCACUUUCUCUAUUGGAAACAUUUCAUAGUUUAGGACCUAACACCUGUAAAUACUCAGGCUGGGAAAAACACCUGUUUCUGGUUUGUAGAUGCAAUGAUAGAUAUUGUGCAUUCAAGUCCAAUGGCACCUUAUUUUGAAAGUGUUUUUCCUGAAUGUUGUUGUCACACAGACAUGAUUUGAUUUACAGACUGAUACUUUUCUACAGUACUUACUACUGAUGUUCCUUUAAUGGUGCUCAGCUUUUUGGAAAAAAAAAUACAAGCAGAGUAAUGCUGCUGUGCACAACUUUGCAUUGUGUAUGAAACUAAUAAGCCGCUAAUAGGUUUGCCGUUGGAAGAUGAGGAUAUAAAUGAUAUGUGAGAUACCAGGGAUUGUGCGUUUAAUAAGCUAUGGAAGAAAAAAUGAUAUCAAGGUGUAUUUGUGUCUUCAGUUGCAUUGGCUUAAAUCCAUCAAACAAACCUCCAUCAUCAUGUGGCCUCGAAAAGAGAUGGCAGGCGCAUUGUGGUCGCUUUCACUGUCAAGCAGUUUUGUUUAUGUUGAGGAAAUCACAUUUUCCCUGCAGAGGCCACACGCUCGCAAAAAUGGUAAUUCUAUCGGUUUGUGUUAAAAAUAGCUUGCGGUGAUAUUUUGAACAUUUGGAUAACAGGGCUUAAUUUGAGGAUAUUUUGUCUUUUUUCCGGGGGGGGGGG